AAUUUAAAACAAUCAAGGGCUGAUUAAAACGCAAACCGUUUCAUAAAACUUAAUGAAACACGAUUGUUUUUGCUUUGCGAUGCAUUAAACAAGUCCGAGGUAGACUGAGGAUAUGUGGUUUCAAAUUGUAACUUUGUUUCUUUUUUAUUUACAAGCUAACUCAUAUGCCAGAAGUAUCGAGUCUUCUGCCUUGGACAAGCUAAUAAGCUCCAGUAUACAAAACCAUCGUCCUGUCAUCAUAAUAGUUAACCCGUCGAAAAGUCUGGGACUAGAUUUUAACAACGACGAUAAUGCCUAUGACAGAUAUAAGGAUAAAAAUGAUCUAUUUUCUGGCGCAUUGAGGGCUAGUGACACCAAAAGCUGCAAACAAUUCCUCCGUCAGGAACUUAAAGGCAAGUGCUCUGGCGAGGCUGAGUGCUCAGAGGUGGUAUGGAAGCUUGCUAAGGAGGUCUGCGAUGGCGAUGAAUCAACACGAGAGUCAGAUGAAGUAAAACAAGAAAUAAAUGAAGUAAAAAAGAAAACUGAAGCUCCAAAAAAGGAAGAUGUAAAAGUAUAUAUAUUAAUGAAGCAUCAAUAAUUAAAAAUAAAAAUAAAUGAAUAUA